GGUCAUUCCCACCUCUACUGCAUACCCACCUGUUUUCGGCCACUGUAUUUAUCAGAUUGAUGAUAUUGUGUCCUGCAUGUCUUUCGUACAAAACAAACUUCUGUAUAAACAACACUGUCACAAUAACGAGCCUUUUCUUGAGUUGUGUGACACGCAGGUUUAGCUUAAUAUAAAUUAUCUUUGCUGAAACGAGGCUAUUACAAUUAACAAGAACAACAACACAUUGCUUACACAUAGUCUCCCCGCAAUCUGUCGCUGCGUCAAAGUGUGCUCACUCUGGGCCCGCCUGCUGUUUGCACUGAGUGGAAAUCUCCAUCUGCCGGUAAUGUGUGACGGCCCGUGUAUGAGUGCGCGCUCACGCCGUGCAGACGCACUCUGUGGUUUGGCGAGCACACGGGGUUGUAUACGCUUUAUCAUUGCCGCUUCAUGCCCAGCAGCAUUUCUCUCUCCUCCAUCCACGUUUCACCACAGCCGCAUAGCGACCUUCAGUGCACCUCGCUGAAUGCUGUGUGUUCGUGUUGGUCCGCCGUGGCUGCGAUUAUCACUGCUGCUGGAGGGAAACGGAUCGCCGUGCUGCAUCACUGUAGCCCGCUUUGGAUGACAUUUGGGUGUAGGCUGUUCUGACUGUAAUAGCUACCAUGGCGAAAACAGUCGCCUUAUCCGGCGCAGUCACAGGUGAAAAGAUGGCACCGCCAUCCAUCACUCUACUUCCUGACAAGAAAUCUCCAACAAACAGUCACAGCUCUCCAGCCCGGACUGGAAAAAACACCCCAUCUAACACAGAGAAGAAGCUACACAUGAAUGGGCACGCUUCCCCUUCCCACCUACCUGCUAAUGUCAGCAGCAACCAUGGAGGUAAACCAAUUCUGGAGGGUUACUUGAGGACAGACGACAGGAUGCGUUUAGCCAAGGAGCGGCGAGAGGAGAGGGAGAGAAGCCUGGCGGCCCGGGAACAGCUAAUCAGGGAGAAGGAGCGCAGAGCUCGGCUGCAGUAUGAACGCACAGUGGAGGAACGCUGGAGGCGGCUGGAGGAGCAGAGGCAGAAAGAGGAUCUCCGCAGAGCUGCAGUGGAGGAAAAGAGGAGGCAGCAGCUCGAGGAGGAGCGGGAGCGUCUCGAGGCCCUGAUGAAACGCUCUCUGGAGCGCAGCCUCCAGCUGGAGCAGAGGACAAAACGCUGCAGCAGAGGCUACCAUCAAGGAGCAGGUGACUGUGAGAAUGCCCCACUCCCUCUCUCUGCUGCCUCCGCCUUUUCCCAUGGCAUUGCCUCCCCCAUUCCUGCUGUCAGCGAAUCUGCACCCUGCAGCCCUCACAGAUCACCUUUCCACACCUCGGUGAACCGUGUAGAUCACAACAGAGCUGGACUUCAGGGAGGCUCUCAGUCCACUCCCAACACCCCAAAGAAAGAGCGGCUGCGCAGAGAGAGAAGAACUGCAUCCCCAGGUUGUGGGUCCCCUGUGAGAAGAUCUGAAUCUCCUGCCAGUUUCACCAAACAUUUGGCUUCCCCUCCCACCCCUUCCAAGAUUCGCGCCCAGUCUCCUAGCAAUGCACAUCAGUACCAUUACUCACCGACAAGACAGCGCCCCAACCCGAGUGAUAAUAGAAAAGCAGAAAAUGACAAGGUGGGAAAAAAGGGCGAGCGCACCAAAGCUGACACUGCAGUGAAAAAGAGCGCUGACAUCAACAGCUUAAUUUCAUCUCCACCAGCUCAGAAGAAUAUGGCCAGUAGUGAAAUCGCUAAAACCAAAUCCUCCGAUAAGUACCUCAAAGGAGACACUAUUGAAAAAUGUCAGUCGCCUGAAAGAGGAAACCAGCUGACUUCCAAAGGAGAUCCCUUAGAGAUGAUGACACAGAGCAAUUUUCUGGAUGGAGACAAGAAAAAAGAAGCAGCACCAUGCACAGGCAAGGUGGCUGCUGGCACAUCAAAUGCAGAGGAGGCUAGCAGGUUGCUGGCUGAGCGUAGGCGCCAGGCUCGGGCUCAGAAAGAACUGGAGGAGAAAAAACGGGAGCAGCAAGAAGAAGAAGGAAGGUUACCAGAGGAACGGAAGCAACUUGCACAGGAGCAGCAACGGCAGGAGCCAGUGAAUCAGCAAGUGAAGGAGAGAGGAAGGCGUGAGGCAGACGCUCAUUUGAAACAAGAAGAAGAGAAACGGAAGAAGGAACAGCAGGAGAAGGAGCUACAGGCCCAGAUGGACAGAGAGAGAGAAAAAGCCAAAGUCCUGGCUCAAGAGGAUGUGGAGCGUCAGCGGCAAGACAGAGAACUGCAGACACAGCAAGAGGAAGAGGAGCGGCAACAAAGAAAAAAGAGAAUUGAGGAGAUUAUGAAGAGAACUAGGAAGGGUGAAGCUGAGUCGAAGAUGGAGGAACAGGUGGAGACAAAGCGCGUCUCGCCACCAGGUAAUAUAAAGACUAUUCAAAGCAAUGCUCAGGUUAAAGAGCCAGCAACCAAAAAGGUUGACUUUCAGGUUAAAGAGCAGGUCAUAGUUCAGGUCAAAAUAAAGGACAGUGCUCUCGGGAAGACAGACACAGUCACAGCAGCAGCACAGAUGGACAAUCAGAAGCAAGUAAAAAACAACACUCAUCUCGUGACGCACAGUGUUCCUGACAAGAAAUCUGAGACAAGACAAACCAGGGAAGAGAUUAGCAGCCACCUUAAAGUAGCCAAAGCCUGUGUACUCCAGCAAGAGGGGGGAGAGAUGGAAAUGAAUGUAAACCAGCAGCACAGAGCAAGUGUUAAUGUCACAGACCAAAUCAUGAAAGACCCCACAAAGCUGAGGGGAGAGGGCGUUAUGAUGAAUAGUGGAGGAAAGGGUGGAGGAAGUGCCUUGAAGAGGAGUGCUCCAACAGCUGAAGCAAGCAAAGAGCAGAGCGUGGAUGUGCCAUCAGCUGACAAAGCUGGGGGAAAGGAUAAAGGAGGGUCCCAGCUUGGGGUUGGUAGACCUCCCGUGAAACCCCUUCCAAUGGGAAACCUGUCACCACCAGUCAUCAAGCUGGAGCCACUCGAUGUGAAGCACACAGGGUCUUGCAAUGAGGUGCAGUCGAUGGAGGUCAGCCCGGCCUCAAAGGAAGAGCUCAUUUCGAUCCCAGAGUUCUCACCUGUCAAUGAAAUCCAGAGCAGCGGCAUGAGUAACACCCGGGCCCUCGAAGAGCUGAUGGACCUGACAGGGAGCAUCACCUAUGCUAAACUGUCCUCUGAAAGCAGCAUCGGUGACUGCAACAAGAACCUCAUUGAGGGUGUCGUCAGUCCCGUCUCAGACUCAAAGCUCAUUGGGAUGGCACCUCCGUCCUCGAAUAAACUAAGCAUCAAGUAGCUGA